UGCAUGUAUACACUAAUCUAGUUACUGCAUCAUGGGAGAUACUCAUGUCAACACCAGCUACAAAUUUGUCCCACAUACUAGUUCACAUUAUGGCUAGUUUCCUCUCUGAUUGUAAUCUAGCAGGAUGGUGUGAAGUAUUUCCAGAUUUGUUUAACUGUAGCAGUGGGUCUUUAUACUGAAGACCUCAACUGUGCUUGUCCUACUAACUCUGCUGUGCCUUUUAUACCCGUUGGCAGGGCAAUGUUGUAUGGUUUUAAAAAAAACCUGACAAAUAUGCAUCUUUCAAAACACGCUGGAGGCGUCCCAGCUCGUGCUGUUGUUUAGCAACAGCUGAUGGAAGGUGAAACCUCUCGUUCUGUUAUUUUGGACAGUGUGCAUCGUGUGAUGUGUGCAUGCAUGCUGCAGGAGGUCAGCACCUCUGACUUCCCCAGCACUUACUUGGUAAAGGAUGAGGAGAGGAAGUUCACAUUGCUUAUACGCUGAACUCUGUCCUGCCAAAAACCUCCCCCUGAUGGUUUGUAUCAUAUGCGGAAUGAAGAUUUCAUUUCUCUUUAUCCAGUUUUUGAGUAGUCAGUUUCUCACACUUCCAGCUUGAUCUGUUUUUUCAAAGGUUUCUGUUCUCUAAAUAAAGAAUGGCUUGUGAUUUAAAAGUCAGUUCCUGAUCUAAUGAGAUCCACUCUUGCUCACAGGAUGUACCUGAUGCAGCAGUUAACGGAGCUGAACAGAAUAAAUCUUCACAUUAGCCUGUUUGAUCUGCUGAUUCCCUUUAUACAAAAUUUAUUUUAAGAAGAGAAACCUUAAUAUAUUGCCAAUCUUGGCUGUCCAUCUGCAGUGCUAACCCUGCAAGUCUUAUUGGAAGGAGCUGGAAAGUUGCUUUUCAUCGUAAAUUAUUUGCUGACCCUGUCAGUACAAUCCAAUAUCUAAUGGCUCUGAAUUUAAUUAAAAAUGCCAGGAGCAUAUCUUUUUGCUUAUAGCCUCACCUUUUAAAGUUCAAAGCUUGCGCAGUGCUUUCCACACGGCAUUUGUUUAGGCAGUUUUAUAUCCCCUGGGACAUUGUUGCAUAAGUCCGACUUGUUUUCGGCUGUGUCAUCGUCAGCUCUUUGAAGAGGGAGGCGUUUACGUCUCAGUGGGUUUCUGAGGCGGUCGCAAGGUGCUCAUCUAUAUAUCCUUUUACUCGGUAGCUCAGCAGUAGCUCUACUCCCCCACCUGCUUGCUCAUUUAUAUUGCAAGUCGGCACUGAACUGUUAAUAGGUAAAGAGGUUUUACAUCUAAGACAACAGGCUUCUGUUAUAAACUCAUUAAUGAUCAGUCAAAACAUGGACCAACUUGCUGGUAGCAAGUGUUCGCUAUAUUGAAUUAUGGCUCUCUAGCUUGCUGACAUAUGCACUUCAGUUUUAGAUGAGUACAUAUUUAUUGCAAGUGUGUGGUAAAAUGUAGGAGAAAUCAUUAUGUUAAAAUUUGACCCGACUUACUCGAAAUAUUCCUUCAUGUCUAGACCCUACCUCUCCUGCUAGUUUCCUCUUUGCAACUUGGAUUUAUUAAAAAAAAAAAAUACAGGCUUGCACAUAAAUUAGCAGAAGUUGAGUGAGCUGUAUUGCUUUCCAUAAUGCUGAAAGAGCAAAUUUUAUUUUUAUUAGAGGAGAAUGUCUCUUAACACCUUUAGCUAGACACCUAGCUUGUAAAUUAUUUGGUUCCACCCAAUGCAAGUUCGUUAACCAUGCACAAAUAUGCGAUAUGACUAAAUAUUUAGAAACUGAAUAGUGGUCCUCUCUAUGGCAUGUGUGUGUUCAGAAUUGCAAUAUCAUGGCUCUGACACACCAAGCUGAUGCUAAAGCGCUAUUUCUGUGUCACAGGCUGCAACUACAAAUUAUUUAGUGUGUUUGGAAACACCUACAAACCCAAAUUGCAUACUGUUUACUGCAGUAGUAUGUCUGACUAGUGCUCCACCUAUGAGUAACAGUGUAAUGGUAUGCAAUUUUGGGAAGCCAUUUAGUGUGGUAGGGUGGCAGUUAGGGACGUAGCCAAACAAACUAUCUUUGCCACCAUUUUUUGCCACAUAGGAGCUGUUUAAACGGUUUCAACUGCAGAAUUGGCUUGUCUUAAUAAAGUGAACUUUAGGCACCAAACAUGUCUUGGCUGAUCAGAUACACAUAAGAAGAAAACUGUAAUUUAUUUUAUUUUUGGAUAAACUGUUUGAUUCCAUUUCUGAUGAGCUAAAUGAGAAUCUUCUGAAAUUUGACCAGUUCUUGCACGAGUGUUGGUCUUUGUUUUUAGCUUAACAUAAACAGUGCCAUGUGAUCUUUCUUAAUCAGUACAGGUCAAGUGCACGAGUACUUUUCCGAGUGUGUUCUGUUUCCUCAUAGUUGGAAAGGACAUCAGAUUUGACGCACAGUGUUGUUGGCUAAGAUUUCACAAAACACCUGCUGCCUUUGUCUUGACCAGUUCUAGGACUUGAGCAGAUUGUGUGUUUUUUUUUUUUUUGUUUUUUUUUUUGGGUUUUUUUUUAUACGUUAUAUCCUCUGAUUUUCACAGUGGCCGCCUUUGUUUCUUUGUUGACCCGUAUUGUGUUUUUGACUUUGUUUAGUUGUCAUUAAGCUUCUUGUGCUUUUGUCUAUGUUUGGAGCCUUUAUUUAAGUGCUGUGGGUCGAGUGUAUGGGACUGUUAAGUCCUUCUAAGAACAAGUAGCUCCUGCUAUUAUGUACAGUGCUUCGACUCCACUAUCCCCUCCAGCAGAGAGCCGCUGAUUGUCUGAGCAGUAACUUGAGAGCUGGGAACUGUGUAGUUCAUGAGAGGGUGUGUGCACUCAGCAGCGUGUGUUUGCAUGCACAUGUGUUAUGGUGUAUGUGCAAAAACGUGUAUGCAUGUUGGGUUGUACGUGGGUAUGCAUGCGCUCCUGUGUGUGUGAGAAGCGCAGUACUGGCUUAUGAGGAGGUUUGAAAUGGAUUCCCAGCCGCCGGCUUCGCCUACGUCCCACCUGCAUGGCCUACAAUGCCUCUUUGUUCCUGGCUCAUGGCACUGUGGGAUAGCUGUUAUCCGAGAGGCGAGGGCUGGUCACCACCGACUUUUUCUUUCAGAGCAGAGAUGGUAAACUCCUGCUAUCUGGUUUCGUUGUGCUUGAGUUGGGCUCCAGGGAGUUCAGUUCUCUCGUCGUGGGAGUGUGAGUGCUACGUGCCUCUCGCUUGUUUGUUUGCACUCCGAGUACUGUAGUUACUUCUAGAUGUACCAGAAGGUGUUUGGUACAGACUUUUGAAUUCCUAUUUCUCUGGACGUACUCACAGUUUGAGUGAUAUUGGUAAAGCAAACUGUGGUUUCUUUCCUAAAUUUUCUUUCCAAACUGCCAAAGUAAUUGCUUCUAAGCAGUUGGCUACAUCCAAUUGCAGCUUGACUCUGCAUUUAUUGGCCCUUUAUUUUGAAUUAAAGACUAGAAAAACGUAGUGCCUCUUGAACUGUAAAUGUUUUUGCAGUUGUCAGGACUUCAGCACACUUCCUCUUCGAUGCGUCCUUUGCUUCAAACAAGGCUGGGUUCAGCAAAGGAAGUCUGGCUUUCCUGUUCUCUGGUUUGUUAUUGUUACGCCACCCCUUAUUGAGUAAUCGAAAAGGGCCAAAAGGGUGCGCACCAACGUUUCUGCUCUUAAUUAAAGAUGAAAGCUGACCACUGCUUUGCUUCCCUUCCCCUGUCCUGACCACCCUCCCACAUGUGGGCAUUUGGAGCCAAAGAGGUGGUAGGGUCCUUCUUUAUCUCUCUGUUAUGUUCACUCUGUCCUUCUCAUUAAGCUGACAUGGCAGGCUGGGCAGGGGAUUUCCACCACCAAAUCAUCAGAUAUAAUUCAUUUAAUGAGACUUGGCCCCUGCAAUUUUGAUUAACAUCAGUUAAUUUCUAGCAUGCAUUUUUUUUUUUUUUUUUAGACAUGAGUUUACAUUUUCAACACUUAGUUUGGUGUACAUUUGCUCAAUUGGUUUUUUUUUUCUUUUUUCUUUCUUUUUUUUUUUUUUUUUUUUUAAAAAAAAAACAUUAAAAGCUUUUAAAACAAUUGAUACACUUUUUUAAUCUGCGAAAGUGAUACUGUCUGUUUUAGGACAAGUGUCAAGGGAUGGCUAGCCAAUGCUGCAGAAACACUAAGAGCACUGUCCCACAGGUCUGUUCUUACCCAGUUUGGGCAGGAAGAAAAAGCUAUGCUGGCUCCAACACCUCAGUGUUUGACUGGCCAGAGACUUUAGGCUUUCUCAACCAGAUUUUGUCUGUUGUCUUUUAAAAGCACUUAGAGUGUUAGUUCCUAAAAAGAACUCUUUCACAAAGCAGUAAGUGUUAUGGGCUCAGACUGCUGGGGCUCCUUAUCAUAACAUCCUCUGCUGCGAGGCAGGCUGUUUGUUCUGAAGCUCUCCGACUGCCGUUGUCUUACACGGUGACAGAGAGAUAGAGAGAAAAAGAGGAGGCUCCAUUUGCUCUGCUUACUCAGCUCUCUCAUGGACCUCACAUGCUGUGGUGGCCUUCAGUACGGUUCAUCUGUUAUGGACUGGAGAGUGGAUAUCCUGAGGCUGCUGGAUUUCAUUAACUUUAGACAGACCUAAAACCGUGACAUGGAGAACAAAGAGACGCUGCGCGGGCUGCAAAAGAUGGAGGAUCGCCCGGAGGAGCGCAUGAUCCGGGAGAAGCUCAAGGCCACCUGCAUGCCCACCUGGAAACACGAGUGGCUGGAGAGGAGGAACAAGAGAGGCCCAGUGGUUGUGAAGCCCAUUCCCCUACGGCCAGACAGCAGUGAAGCUGGACGGCUGGGGCUCGAGGCAGGCAGCGACAGCGCAAGUUCCUGUUCCUCUCAGAGCAGAGACCGUCGCAGCCCCUCCCCUGGACCUUCCUCAUCCUCCAUCUCUUCUACUUCCUCAUCUACCAAGAAGCCUGGGAAACCAGAGUCCCCUGGCGUCCGCAGGAAGCGGGCAUCCCCAGUUCCUUUUCAGAGCGGCAGGGUAACACCUCCUCGACGAGCGCCAUCACCUGACGGCUUCUCCCCUUACAGUCCUGAAGAGACCAAUCGCAGGGUCAACAAGGUCAUGAGGGCCCGUCUCUACCUACUUCAGCAAAUUGGACCUAACUCCUUCUUGAUUGGAGGAGACAGCCCGGACAAUAAAUACCGUGUGUUCAUUGGACCUCAGACGUGCAGCUGUGGUCGAGGGGCCUUCUGCAUCCAUGUGCUUUUCGUCAUGCUGAGAGUCUUCCAGCUGGAGUCAUCCGACCCACUGCUCUGGCGAAAGACCCUUAAAAACUUUGAGGUGGAGAGCUUAUUCCAGAAGUACCACAAUCGGCGGAGCUCGCGAAUCAAAGCCCCGUCUCGCAGCACCAUCCAGAAGUUCGUGUCACGCAUGUCCAACUCUCAUACUACCUGCACCUCGAGCUCCUCACCCUCCAGCAACGAGAGCAGUAUGAAGGACGAGGAAGAGCAGAUGUGUCCAAUCUGUCUGCUGGACAUGCUGGAUGAGGAGAGUCUGACUGUGUGUGAGGAGGGCUGCAGGAAUAAGCUGCACCACCACUGCAUGUCCAUAUGGGCAGAAGAAUGUCGGAGAAACCAUGAACCCCUGAUCUGCCCUCUGUGUAGAGCCAAGUGGAAGUCACACGAUUUUUACAGUCACGACCCAGCGUCUACAGUGGAAAGCUCCAUAAGUCGCUCUCAGAGCCUGGUAUCUUCAUCCACCACUUCAUCAUCCUCCCAUGCUGAAGGCCAGAGGGCAGCUCAUGAGGGAGACUUUUCUCUCCCCCACUAUGGAGUGCAGCAAAUUCCUCAGACUUAUAAAGAAUUGGCAGAGCCUUGGAUCAAGGUGUUUGGUAUUGAGCUGGUAGGCUGUCUGUUCUCCCGGAACUGGAACAUCAGAGAGAUGGCACUGCGGCGGCUGUCACAUGACGUGAGCGGCGCUCUGCUGCUGGCCAAUGGAGAGCACUCGAUGGCAAGCGCAGCAGCAGGGGCAGGGCCCGGUAUUGGAGGAGCAGGAAGUGAAAUCUCAGGGGAAGUGGUGGUGGAAUCUUGCUGCAGUGUUCUCUCUAUGGUGUGUGCAGACCCUGUCUACAAAGUCUACGUGGCUGCACUGAAAACCCUGCGGGCCAUGCUGGUCUACACGCCAUGCCACAGUCUGUCGGAGCGCAGUCGCCUGCAGCAGCUGCUCCGGCCCGUGGUUGAGACCAUCUUGGUUAAAUGUGCCGAUGCCAACAGUCGCACCAGCCAGCUGUCCGUGUCCACUCUACUGGAGCUUUGUAAAGGCCAGGUUGGAGAGCUUGCUGUUGGUAGAGAGAUUCUCAAAGCAGGCUCUAUCGGUAUAGGUGGAGUGGACUAUGUGCUGAACUGUAUCCUGGGUUCCCAGACAGAGGCAAAUAACUGGCAGGCUCUUCUAGGCCGCUUGUGUCUGAUCGACAGGUUGCUGCUGGAGUUUCCAGCUGAGUUCUAUCCCCAUAUAGUCACAGACUGUGGACAUCCCCAGAAUCAGGUGGAGAGGUACCAGAAACUGCUGCGUCUGCUGAGCUUUGCGCUGCAGUCCAUCGAUAACUCGCACUCCAUGGUAGGGAAGCUGUCUCGCCGUGUGUUCCUGAGUGCUGCCCGCAUGGUGGCCCGCGUGCCCCACGUCUUUGUGAAACUGCUGGAUAUGCUGAGUGUCACCAGCUCCACCCACUAUGCCCGUAUGCGCCGCCGCCUGCUGGCCAUUGCAGAGGAGAUGGACAUCCUGGAUGCCGUGCACCUUGGCCUUGAGGAUGUGCAGGGCGGCGCUGGACCUCACUGUGACACCUUUCUGGAUCCUGCAGCUCCUCACAACUCUCCCAUUUCCACUGAGAGGAACUCACCCACGCACUGCCUGCAGGAAAAGCCCUGUGGUAAAGUAGCUCGAUGCGGAACGGUCAGUGCCAAAACCAUAGACGAUAUGUCCGACAGGUUGGCAUGUAUCACCACUGGACCUGCUGACUCCCCAAAACCCCCAGUUCAACUGCGUAGCCCACACAGACCCCUGAGCCAGUGUCUUAAUUCACAUUCACCCUCCUCCAGUCAGCCACCUCCACUCCCCUCCCCUUCUACCUCUCAAGCCCGGCCACAAGGUUUUGUCCCUGGCAAGCUCACUAACUGCUCCCCUGGUGCCCAACGUAAAUUCCAGAUUCCUAAGGGUGCUAGUGGAGGAGGGACCAGUAAAGACCCUGAAAAGCUGCCUUCCCCUGUGUUCUCCCAAGCUAGGCCUCUGCCUUCCAACCACAUCCAUCGUCCCAAACCCUCACGGCCCUCUCUCUCUCCUUCCACUUCUUCUGAGGCAGCUAAAGCUCAGUGCCUAGGUCCCAAGAGCAGUAUGAAGCUCGAUCUUCAGGACAUUUCUCCAGGUGAGGGUGCAAGGUGCAGUGCCAGCUCUGUGUUUGUCCCUAGCGAUGAUUCAGUCUUCACGCCCGUGGACGAUAAGUUCCACAGCCUAGACGCUUCGGCAGAGCUCAACUCCAGCAUGGAGGAUCUUCUGGAAGCGUCCAUGCCAGUGGCAGACAGCACAGUGACGUUCCAGUCAGAGGUGGCGGUGUUGUCACCAGAGCAGGCUGGUUCAGAUGAUGCAUACAGCCAGGAUGUGAAACAGAACGAGAAGUGCAAGGAGAAAAUGGAGGCCGAAGAAGAGGAGGCGCUAGCCGUCGUCAUGGCAAUGUCAGCGUCCCAAGAUGCCCUACCCAUCAUCCCGCAGUUGCAGGUGGAGAAAGAGGAGGAUGUCAUCAUCAUACAGGUGGAUACACCAGAGACACUGCCUGGUCAUACCAAAGCAAAACAGCCCUACCGUGAGGGUGCAGAGUGGCUGAAGGGCCAGCAGAUCGGCCUGGGAGCAUUCUCCUCCUGCUACCAAGCCCAGGACGUCGGCACCGGAACACUGAUGGCCGUCAAACAGGUGACCUAUGUGAGGAAUACAUCCUCUGAGCAGGAGGAGGUGGUGGAGGCGCUGCGGGAGGAGAUUCGGAUGAUGAGCCACCUGAAUCACCCCAAUAUCAUCCGCAUGCUGGGCUCGACCUGUGAGAAGAACAACUACAACCUGUUUGUGGAGUGGAUGGCAGGUGGCUCUGUGUCACAUCUGCUGAACAAGUACGGUGCAUUUAAGGAAGGUGUGGUAAUCAACUACACAGAGCAGCUGCUCCGAGGUCUUGCCUACCUCCAUGAGAAUCAGAUCAUCCACCGUGACAUCAAAGGCGCCAACCUGCUGAUUGACAGCACAGGCCAGAGGCUGCGGAUAGCCGACUUUGGUGCAGCGGCGAGGCUGGCCUCCAAGGGCACGGGUGCAGGAGAGUUCCAGGGCCAGCUCCUGGGCACCAUUGCCUUCAUGGCCCCUGAAGUGCUGAGGGGGCAGCAAUAUGGCCGUAGCUGUGACGUGUGGAGUGUGGGCUGUGCCAUCAUCGAGAUGUCCUGUGCCAAGCCACCAUGGAACGCAGAGAAACACUCUAACCACCUGGCACUCAUAUUCAAGAUUGCCAGUGCUACCACAGCACCCAGCAUCCCUCCGCAACUUUCUCCAGGCCUGAGAGACGUCACGCUGCGCUGUCUGGAGCUGCAGCCUGCCGACCGGCCGCCCUCACGCGAGCUCCUCAAACACCCUAUCUUCCGCCAUAACUGGUAACACUGAGCGUCCAGGAACUACUGAAGGGCCUGUCCGGGCUGCCUCCUCACUGCUGUCGUCCCCUCCGCACUAGCACUAGCACUAGCUCGGCGCACACACACACACACACACACACACACACACACACAGGGCCCUUUACUGCUGUAGCCUCAGCACAUAAUGCAAAAGCAGCCCAUCGAGUGCCUUUACAAAAGCGUCAUGUCUCUUCACUGCAUUCUGUUUCUGUGUUAAACCAAGUCUCUGCUCCUUCCUGCACUGUUUGUUGCCAUUUCAAUCACAGGAAGGUGCUGAAAAGCUUUUAAAAUGAAAUCUCUGUAACUGGAGCAAGAUUUUUUUUUUUUUUUUUUU